CUUCAUCCUGGGCGAAGAGCUGCAGGUAAAUAUUUAACUGCAUAAAUGCUUCAGUACACCACAUCCAUCCGAAACAUAAAAAACGAACCCAGCUUCAAUCAGCGAUGCUAGUAAACCUGCAGGAUUCGCGGAUAUUUCGUGGACUAACUGCGAAUUCAGAGGCCUGCAGUACAGCUAAAGCUUAUCGUCGAGCUAACGUCAGCAGGUGGAGGGAUGAGCCGCUCUCCUGUGACCGUUCAGGAUGUGCCGGAAGAAGCAAGCAACGGUGUGGACUCCUCUGAAUCUCCUAAGGCCUCUGAUUGGUCAGGACCUCAUGGCUUCACCCCCCAGGCAUUAAAGUUGAGGCACGGGGAUGAUUUUGAGCCUCACGAUGAUCAGCCUGCUCUAUCAGAGACUCGUAAACACACACCUCACCACACGGACUCAUGUAGAGACUCACACACAGAUCAUUCAGAGUCACAGAUUCAACACUCCCAGUGUGCACAUAGUUCAGACGAAGAAGACACACAUGAGAACACACACUCCUGUGAGACUGAGCUAACACACAGUCAUUAUGAAGGAGAGCCGGAAGACUGGAGAGGAGAGGAAGAGGAGAAGAGACAGACAAGUGAUGGAGAGGUGAACAAUGUCCAGCAAAGGAAAGAAGCUCUUGUUUCUGUACAGCCAAUUGGAGCACUCUCAACCGAACACCCUCCCACUCACUCCGAAAUUGAGGAAUGGUCCAAUCCCAAUUCUGUAGACGAAUUCCAACCAAAUACUUCCAUUUCUCCAGAUGAGGCACCUCCCCUCGUCCCAGCCCCACCUCCUGACCAGGCCACACCCCCUCCUCUACUGCCAGAUCUGGAUGAUUCUCCGUGCCCGGCUCACGUGAUGGCAGAGGUGCGUGUGCGCUCUGUUCCGGAGCGGGAGCGAGUUGUGCGUGGCAUGCAGGACAGUAAGAGUCUAGAUGAGAUCAGCGGGGCGUGUGGAGGCGGGACUCGAGGAGGUGGAGCUAGAGGAGGACAGGCAGAAGGACGGAGAGCCACUAUAUCUAGUGCUCUAGAACUGGAGGGAACCGUCAGCCAUGAUGGAGAUCUCACACACUUCAUCACCAAAAACCUUGAACAGAAGAUUAAAAUGAGCUCGCGGCCGAGUCUGGACACAGACUCGGACUGUUCUGGACCUAUCACACGUGGUCGUGGCUCUUUACGUCGUCCAGCUGAUAUACCACCAAUUGACCCAUCGGUGCUGGUAGACCUGCAUAAACACACACAGGACGUGGCGCAGAGUGUUGAGCUGAUGCUGAGAAGCCUCAAUGGAACUAUACAGAAUAUGACUGCUUUAAGUGUGGGUUAUAUCCAGACAUACAGAGAUUCUGUGGAUAGUUUGGGAGAAUCAGUAGACAUGAGUAUAAAGGGAAUGUACACGCUCAUGGCCCGCUGUGAGGAGCUGGAUCGCUCCAUGCAACCUAUACAUACUCUAGCUGCUCAGAUCAGAGACAUCAAACGAACCCUUGACGCCCUGGAGACCAUCUGCAAGUAGCUAUGGCAACAGACCACACCCCCCCUUGACUAAACAGGGACUCCACCCAUUGGAGAAAAGCGGUGGCUCCACCUUCUGCAGUAAUUAUGCUACAUAAUGUGCAAAGGAACCAUUUUGCUAAAAAUGUUUCCUAGCAAUGCCCUGCAAGUGCUCGUCCCCUUAGAGAAAGCUUGGUUCUCUCCCACAUCCGCAAGCACCUCUUUUUUUGUAAUGGCAAAACAGUGUUGUUGAGUCCUCUCUAUGAUUCAUGCCGUCCAACAUCCUUCACAGGAAUGACUUUGAGUCAUUGGUGGCUCUCAAGUGGCUGAGUGGUGUUGCCAUUGACCCGGUUUUUUAAAGUGAGUGUAUGUGUGCAUGUUUAGGUGAGUGUUUUUUAUGGAGCCAGAUCAGUCUCAAAAAUAAUGCAUUCACCAAAUUAAAUUUAUUGUACAUGGACAGCACAAUUCGUAAAUUCAAAAGGCUAUUUAUAUUUAUGCACAAGUCCAAUUGGUAAAUUUAAUACACAAUUCAUAAAUGCACAAAUCCCAUUUGUAAAUUUAAGACGCAAUUCAUAAACACACAAAUCCAAUUCGGAAAUUCAAGACACAAUUCUUGAACGCACAAAUCCAAUUCGGAAAUUCAAGACACAAUUCUUGAACGCACAAAUCCAAUUCGGAAAUUCAAGACACAAUUCUUGAACGCACAAAUCCAAUUUCGAAAUUUCAUACGCAAUUCGUAAACACACAAAUUCAGUUUGUAAGUUUAAGACGGAAUUCAUAAACACACAAAUCCAGUUUGUAAAUUUGAGACUUGAUUCGUAAAUGCACAAAUCCACUUCGUAAAUUUAAGACACAAUUCGUAAACACACAAAUCCAGUUAGUGAAUUUAAGACCCAAUUUGUAAACGCACAAAUCCAAUUAGGAAAUUCAAGAAGCGAUUCAUGAACGCACAAAUCCAAUUCGUAAAUUUAAGACACAAUUCGUAAACACACAAAUCCAGUUAGUGAAUUUAAGACGCAAUUUGUAAACGCACAAAUUCAAUUAGGAAAUUCAGGACGCAAUUCCUGGACGCACAAAUCCAAUUGGGAAAUUCAAGACGCAAUUUAUGUACGCACAAAUCCAAUUCGGAAAUUCAACACACAAUUCAAAAAUGCACAAAUCCAAUUAAUAAAUUUAAGACGCAAUUCAUAAACACACAAAUCCAAUUAAUUUGGGGAAAUAUUUAGAUUUUACCUUUUACUAUUGAAUUUUUGUAUUCACAGAUUGUGUUUUGUAUUUAUGAAUUGGAUUUUGUACAUGUAAAUUGUGCUGUGCGUGUAUGAAUUUCAUUUUGUAAAAGUAUUAUUUUUAGGACAGAUCUGGCUCUGUAUUUUUGGCAGAUUGUGUCAUUGGUGUGUAAAGCACCCAUCUGUAAUGGCCUGAAAUGUAGGACAUAGUAGAAGUGGAAGAUGGGUAUUUGCCGCUAUGGAAGCCAUGCUCUGCGUGUGCUAGUUCAUUCUGGAUGUCAGUGUUUCUGCAGGAUGGAUGCUGUGCAUCCCUGAUCAGCUUGUCUUUCACAGUACCUAUUGUUUAAACACAUUCUGAAGUCAGCUAGUGUCCCCUUAUGUAGUUGAAUGACACUCCAGAGAAAUUGUGAGGACUCAAAGCUUCAGAAAAGAUGAAAAUCACCAUAAAUUGUGAUUAAUGACUCUCGUUUCAGUUUGUUUCUAACAGAGGUAGCCCGAAUGUGAUCAGUUGAUUCUCGUUCAUUAAUUGGCUGGAAAUUAGUAGCUGGUAUGUUCUUCAAAAAUUAUUUUAUGUUCCACACAGUAAAGAAAGCCAUAUUGGACAGACAUAGUGAUAAGUAAACAGUGUGCUAGAAUUAAUUUUUUAACGAAGGUUCUUAUGGUUAAUGAUGAAUUUUGGACUAAUUUGUUCAUCGUUAUGUUGUCUUCGAGUGUUCGUCACUUAAAUCAGAAAUCAGAGGAAGGUGUGGAGAGAAUAUGGAGGGGUCAAAAUGUAUUUUUGAAAAUAGUGUCUGGUCUUCUCUCUUUACUGUCUUGCUAACUAUAACCCUGAUUUGUCCAGCAAUCUGUCAUUAAUGUAUAUUUUAAAUUAUUAUAUAAGCCAAAAUAAAUUUGCUAGAAUGAU